UUAGGUGCAUGAAAAAGAGGCUGAGCUAUUACCGUAGCUAACUGUCCCUGCUAGGAUUCACCUGGAAAAGCAUUCUGGAAUAGAGGGAACAUAAUUUACGAUAUAUGAAACCACAUGAGACGCAUGUCUGCACUCCAUCCAGCUAUGCCCAACAUCAGCCCUAUCCAAAUCAGAAAGGCGAAACCGAACCAACCCACUUAGAAUCUUCCCAGCAUUCAUCCUUAAGAUGACAGAACCAAUGCCUCCCAUUGAACAGAAGGACCCGACAGAGCCUGACCCGUCCGCGCAGGAUCCAAACGUCGACGGUGGCGUCUCCACGCAGGUCUACCUGCCUCGAAUCACGAUCAAGUACUGCACGCAGUGUAAAUGGAUGCUGCGGGCGGCAUAUUUUGGACAAGAGCUUCUCUCGACCUUCAACACCUCACUAGGCGAAGUAGCCUUGGUCCCAACAACCGGCGGCGUUUUCACCGUGACGAUCCAGCACAAGUCCGGAGAUGAUCCCUCACUCAAGGAAACGCUUCUAUGGGAUCGAAAAUCCAUGGGUGGAUUCCCUGAAGUCAAGAACUUGAAAUCCCUCGUGCGCAACGUCGUCGAUCCCUCCCGGGACCUAGGCCACGUUGACCGCGCUCUGGGAAAAGAGAUCAAAGCGAGAGAUACUGCGGUUGCGCCGAAUGUGACGGGUCCCGUAUCAAGUAGUACCGGGCCUGCGCCUACGGGUGGCAUAGCGCCAUCGCCGGCCUCUAGGACAGUGGCAGAGAACACUGACACGAAGCCUGGGAUGGGGGCUCCGGCAGAGACGAUUCAGAGAUGUGGUUCUGCGGGGAAUAAGAAUGAUAGGGAAGAGUGUGAGGAUUGUUAAUAGUGAUGUGUAUGCAGAAAACGAGGGUUCACUGUAGAAUUGUAGGAAUUGAUUGAUUGUGCUUAUCCGUUUGAG